AUGAACUCGAUCCCGAAUGAUCUCCUUCUUGAGAUAUUAUCGAGAUUGCCUUGGAAGUCAAUCUCAAGGUUUCGUUGCGUGUCGAAGCUAUGGGGUUCCAUGCUUCGUGGUCCAUAUUUCACCGAGUUGUUUUUGAAAAGGUCAUGGUCUCGUCCGCGUCUCUUCUUCGCCGCCUUUGAAUAUAAUCAAAAUUGUGAGACGAUCUUCUACUCGUCUCCUCUGCCUCAAAAUAUAUAUGAGAAGCCGUCGUCUCUUGUACUAGCCACCGAUUUUCAUAUCAAGUUUUCUGCGUACACGAGGCUAUUAUUUCGUGGCUAUGCCUCUAGUUUGUUCUUGGUAUGUCACCGUCGUACAAUCUUAAGAGACUAUGAGGAUGCAGUGCAUGUGAUAUGUAACCCUAGGACAGGGCAGUAUGCCACCUUACCUACACUGAGAAGAUACAUAAUUUCAAUAAGCUUUUUAGGGUUUGAUCCUAUUGACAAGAAGUUCAAGGUAUUGUCCAUGUUUUUUGCAUAUGGUGAAGAAAGGGAUGAUCAUAAAAUUCUGACAUUUGGAACGGGAGAUAUGAAGUGGAGAAAGAUCCAGUGUCCUAGACAUAGUCCUUACUCCAAAGAGAUAUGCAUCAAUGGGGUUUUGUUUUAUUUAGCUAGACAUAACGGUUCUCGGGUGAUAGUUUGCUUUGAUGUUAGGUCAGAGAAAUUCAAUUUUAUCGACGCAAAAUGCUUAGGAUUAGCCACACCUCAACUAAUAAACUAUAAGGGUAAAUUAGGUUGUAUUCUUCUGGAGUACGGUAACGUUGGUGGAAGGUCAACAACACGUGGGAUGUGUAUGUGGGUUCUAGAGGAUGUUGAGAAACAAGAAUGGUCAAAACAUGUCUACACUUUUCCGGGUGAUGAGCUUGCUGAAUAUUGCGUCAAUGAUCUGUUGUUGGAGUGA